GCUGCUGAGGCGAAGAAACCGGAGAAGAGAGAGAGACUGUGAGAAGAAAGGAGGCUCCUUUGUCUCACAGCUGCUUUUCUAUAACUAACCAACAGAAACAGAGUCAGUAAGAUGAACUCCACAGCUGCAGCAGCUGCUGCAGCAGCAGCUGGAGGCACCAAGCCGACUCCACCGGAGCUGCAGCAGACGGAGAGCCGGCAGUUCAAGAGCAAAGCUCCCAAACGAGGACAGAAAGGAGUGGACAGCCACGACCCGGCCGUGGAAGGCCUGGAUGACGCUGCAGUGGUUUGUCCCUGGGAGGAAUACGGAGACGUGGAGCUGAGCGAACUGGCCCAGUUUGGAACCGUUUAGACCCGAGGAAGACUUCCUGCUGUUCCCCUUCGUCCUGAGGAUGAGGAGCAGAAGCACCACAGAUCUACAAGCAUAAUAAUAAAACAUAAAAGUUUAUGAUCAUCUGUGACAGGAUGGGAACUCAUCAGAGCUUUACCAGCUCCUGAUAAAAUGUAUAAUAUUAUAAAAUAAUCUGUCUGUUUGAAGAGAGGAUUAUUAAAAUCUGUUGAAUAUAUUAAUUAUGUUAUGUAAUAAAAUAGAGAAGAUACCUCUACCUUCAAUUUUCUCAUUUAUUCUGCUGUAUUUCACACAAAAGCUCUAACAUUUGUCCAAGUUUACAAUUUUAAAUAAAAUAAUUUUAAUCAUUGA